GGACAGCUAUGCUGGAUUUCUAACCAGAACAAAAGAAUUAUAUGCUCUAGGUGAAUGCCGUGUGCUCUAUGACAUGCUGGCUCUGGUGUCAAGUCUGUGGUUUCCCUGCACACAACCUCUUGUCAAAUUUCUAAUUACAACUUUGAUAUAUAUAUCUCAGAAUGACUCUUGGAACAUUCAGGCUGUGAGAUCUGUGCUGUGAUCCUCUUAUCGGUAUAGAGAGAAGUUUCUGUUACUACAUCUGGUCAACUUUGGUAUCUCCAAAGUCAAUUCUUCCAGGACAGUGGAGGUGGAAACGCAUGUAAAGUCAACACUAAGGUCUUCAGUUGAGGAAGGGUGAGUUAAUCAAAUUUUUUAUUGUUCUCAUUCACUGUCUAUGUUGCCAAAAAAGGAGGAAAUAUAUGGCAUAGCAAGACACUCACAGGCAUGCAGCUCUGACUCUAUGGCCUGCACCAUUCUCAGUGUACUCUGAGUUGGUAAGACAGCAGUAACAGUAGCAGUUCCAAGUGGCACAUCCAGUACAAAGCAACAUCAGAGGAAGAAGAGCUGUGUCUCUUUCCUAAAUUUAUUUGUCAAGGUACAAUAUACAUAUAGAAGUGUUUACAUAAGUGUAUACCUUGAUGAAUUUUAACAAACUUGACCACUUCUGUAACCAGCAUCCAGAUUAAUUGUGUUUCUCUUUUAUGCCCUCGUGCAGGAGCCUGGGAAAACACAUCCACCUUCCUUUCUUAUCGUCUGUCUAGCUGGGAUGGGACAAAGAAGGAGAACACGUAGAAACACUGAGGUGUAUGACUGGUUAUAAAUGUUAGGCUGCUAAGGUUCUCCUCAAUACCUGGCACACUUUUAACUUCAAGGGUAAACUUGUACCUCAGCUACUCCGUCUUUGUACCUUCUGGUGAAGACAGGAAGAAUUGUUCAUCACAAGUUAGCUCAUGCAGACAAAAGAUAGGGUUAUUGAAUUGUUGAGUGAUGUGUGUGGCAGUACAUUCAGACUCCACAAAGCAAAGGAAGACUUAAAUUCUGCCAGUCUGAGUCUCUUUGUAAUGAGUGAGUGUGUAUAAAGAGAAAUCUGGGUCCUUUACUAAUGAAAAUUUUCCGUUUUCCUCACAGAUUUCCAAAUAUGAGAAUACUGGCAAGAAAUGACUCAUUAGUGACUGAAUUUAUUUUUGCUGGAUUAACAGAUCGUCCAGAGCUCCAGCAGCCUCUGUUUUACUUGUUUCUAAUGAUCUACAUUGUCACCAUGGUGGGCAAUCUCUGCUUGAUUGUUCUUAUUGGGAUAAAUUCUCACCUCCACACCCCCAUGUACUAUUUCCUUUUUAAUCUAUCCUUCAUUGACCUCUGUUUCUCUUCUGUUUUCACCCCCAAAAUGCUGAUGAACUUUGUAUCAAAGAAGAAUGUCAUCUCCUAUGAUGGGUGCAUGACCCAACUGUUUUUCUUUCUCUUUUUUGUCAUCUCUGAAAGCUAUAUGCUGACCUUGAUGGCCUAUGAUCGUUAUGUGGCCAUUUGCAAUCCUUUGCUGUAUAGGGUCACCAUGUCCCAUCAAGUAUGUUCUGUGCUGACACUUUCUGCAUAUGCCAUGGGAUUUGCUGGAGCCACUGCCCACACAGGCUGCAUGCUUAGACUAACCUUCUGCAAUGCUAAUAUCAUCAACCAUUACUUGUGUGACAUUCUCCCUCUCCUCCAACUCUCUUGUACCAGCACUUAUGUCAACGAGGUAGUAGUUCUCAUUGUGGUGGGUAUCAAUAUUACAGUACCCAGUUUUACCAUCUUAAUUUCUUAUAUUUUCAUCCUCAUUAGCAUUCUUCAUAUCAAGUCUACUCAAGGAAGAUCAAAAGCUUUCAGCACCUGUAGCUCCCACAUCAUUGCUAUUUCUCUUUUUUUUGGGUCGGCCGCAUUUAUGUAUCUUAUGUAUUUUUCUCCUGAAUCUAUGGAACAGCGAAAAGUUUCAUCUGUUUUCUAUACUAACGUGGGGCCCAUGUUUAACCCUCUGAUCUACAGCUUGAGGAACAAGAAUGUCAAAGCAGCCCUGAGGAAAGCCUUGAUUAGAAUCCAGAGGAGAAACAUACUCUAACUAGAAGCAGUGGUAAUGUAAAGAAAUUCAAGCAUCUCAAGUUUUUAUUGGUGCUUUUCAUGAGGAGACUGUUUACAACCACGAUGAUUCUACAGAUUGUGUUAUGUAUGAUUUAUUAGACUUGUUUUUGUCACUUCCUUUAUAGCUAAUCUUGUCUCAUUCUUUUGUUUUUACCUACUGCAACUGUCUCAAGUUUACUAAAUAAUCAAUAGUGUGUUUAUAAAAGGAACAUACAUACUGAGUAUUUUCAUUAUUGUUUCAUUCCCCUUCUGUCUUCUGGUCUAUUCCCAAACUGAACAAAUAUGGUGAGUUCCAUAAGUAACCUAAGGCAAAUAACAUUACAGCUUGCUCACCUAAACACUGAAUUGCCCAAUACAAUAAAAGCAAUCUCGUUCUUAUCAAUAUUGUUACUGUUAUAAAAACAUAGGCAGUAGGAUUUAAUGAAAUGCCUUUAUCAAAACUGUGUAUGCAGUUUAAAAUAGAACCUAGUCCUCCUGUUCUUUCCCUUUUGUUCUACUUGGCUUA